CGCUGGCCUUUCCGCCCCUUUCCUUCGAUGAAAGAGAAGAUCCUUUGUUUGAAAAGGGGCCCUUGAAAGGGUUAAGUGGAGAGAGAGAGCACCGAUUUCCUAGAUAGGCUCGAAAGGUCAUGGAACGGCGCUGGAUUCCUCUUCCGGCCCCUCCCCUUUGGCUGGAAGAGGGGGAGGGGGAUGUUGCAGCCGAGGAAGGGCAGCUGUCAACUGUCACGGACCUCGUUCUUUGUAGAGGAAUUGCAAUUGCUGCGCCAGUUUUUCUUUUUUAACAGCAAAUAUAAUUAAACUUGAGAUAAUCAUGGCCCAUUUUCUGCCUGUUUACAGUGGUUGUUUUCUAAUGAUUUAGGUGGCGUCCCUUGGCAGGCUCACCUGGGGAUAAAAACUUACCAAAUAAAGUGGUGAAAAUAUGAAAUAAAUAUGCUUAGGAUUGCACCCCUGGUUUGUAGUGACUGUUCCCGUGAUGAGUGAGGAUGGGAGCAGGAGUCCCAACAACUUGAGGCCCAUAGAAUCAGCCAGUGCUCCCCCCCCAGGGGGCACUUAAGGGUACGCAGUACUAGCACAUCUCUCUCUCUCUCUCUCUGGUUGUUAAAAUGUGUAGCACUUACUGUAACAACCUCAUAGUGAGCACCAGCACCUGUUUUCCUAGGGGGGAAAGCACUGGGUUCAGCAUUCCUGCUUGAUGCUGAUUUAAACAUUGCUGUUCUUCACCUUGUGUUUCCCAGAUUGUGCUUCCCUUUUCAUUUAUUUUAUUUUAGUUUUUUAUUUUUAUUGGAUUAUGAUUUGAUAUGUUAAUUGGAUGUUUUUUAUUGGAAAAUUAAUAAACGCUCUAACAAAAAGAAGAAGUACAUUUCACUGAUUUCCGUGGUGUUCAUUCCCCAGAAACUUUGAAUAGCAUUGAAGCUGUGAUGCUAUUCUUUUUUCCCCUUUUCAUUUUGAUACAUAUUUUAAUGAAUUUUUUUAAAAAAGAAAUUAUGUGAGCAGCCUGGAGAGGACCUUCCUGGAAAAGGGCUAGGUAUACUGUGCAAUAGAAUCAAUGGGGGAACCGUGUUUGUGUGUUAAAGUGGCCCUUCACGCCCCCUUUCUGGCCCUGCUUUGCACCCACCCUGAGUGUUUUUACUUAGCUAGAGGAGGGGUGUUGGUUGUAGAAAGUAGCUUUCUGCACAAAGGCAAAAUUUCAAUGACUUGCACCCCCCACUUUUUUCUCUGGCCCCUGCUGACAUGUGCCCCCACCCCAGAAGGGAAUGUGGCGCUCAGGGUGAAACAAGUUCUCUACCCCUGGAAUGAAUGAAUGAAUAUGCUCACUUGCUUGGGAGAAAACACACUUGGGACUUCUUAGAGCAUAUGCUAUCCUUGGUGCUACUGAAGGAUUGUAAAUACAGUACUCUCAGAAGGUGCAAUGCAAAAGCUACAAGGAACAGAAGCAAAGCUAGGAACAAAAAUGGAAAAGCAGGAAGCUUCAACAGGACCUGAGCCUGGGAACAAACCAGAAGGCAGAGGAAGAGAUCCUUGUGUUGUCCACGCUGAGACCACCCAUGAGCUCCUGACUGGGGUGGCCCCCCAACAAAUCAAACAAGAGCUGGAAGAAGGCCGAGAAUGGCGCUGGGAGGCCCAGUGGCAGGAGUUCUUGAAGACAGCCAAGUCCCCUCACUCAGAGUGGCAGCACCUGCAGCUGCCCAGUCCCACCUUGGAGGAGAACUCAAAGUCUUCUCAGGCUCCCUUGAAGGGGACAUCCAAUGCCAUCCUGCGGCCUAUAGGGGAGUGGCUGACUCAGACCCUGCCUGACCUCCUUGGAGAGGCCCAGCAGGCGUGUCGGAGCCUAGACUCCCCUCCGACGGUGAAGGUUGAGGAGGCUCUGGAGGGGGACGCAGCCAGGAUGGAGAUGCGGCGACAACACUUCAGGCAGCUGUCCUACCAUGAGGCCAAGGGCCCCCGGGAGAUCUGCAGGAAGCUCCGGGAGCUUUGCUGCCAGUGGCUGACUCCCGAGAAACACACCAAGGAGCAGAUCUUAGAUCUGCUGAUCCUGGAGCAGUUCUUGACCAUUAUGCCUCGGGAGAUGCAGAACUGGGUGAGGGAAAGGGGCCCAGAGACAUGUGCUGAGGCGGCGGUCCUGGCCGAGGAUUUCCUCUUGAUACUCCAUGAGUCGGAGAGACGGGAAGUAAAGGUUCCAGGGCUCUUGGAAGAGACCAUUAUUAAUGCCUCCAAGUCAGAGCAAGAUUUACCAGACUCUGCAAAGAUGCAACUGUCCAUGGAAGUCACACCGCUGGGAGUCCAAGACCCAGUGCUGGAGAACGAAGAGGAGCCCUUUCAUGUGAAAAGUCCCGAGCCUGGAGAUGUGGGAUCCAGCAGAAUAUCCUUAGAAAGAGCCAAAGAUAACGUCUUCCAGGCUCCCAAGUUGGAAAAGAUCCCUGGAAACAAGGGGGGACCAGAAAGGCACCAGGAAAGCUUUCUGUGGAAGGUAGCACAGCAGGCCUUCCUCUGCGAAGGAAGUGGCCAGACUUUCCACGAAAACGUCAUCUGUGACAGGACGUGCCCACGAAACAGCAUCGCCAGCACCGACUACGAGAAGAGCCUCUGCCAGAGCUUGGACCUCCUCAAGAACCAAAAGAAACGGCUGAGGAAGUUCAAAUGCUCCUACUGCGGGGCCACGUCCAACAUUCGAGAAAACAUUAUCGCUCACGAGAGAAUCCACACCAGCGAGAAGCCCUACGGCUGCUUAACCUGCGGCAAAAGCUUCAGCCGGAAGUCGACCCUCGUGCGGCACAAGAGAACCCACACGGGGGAGAAGCCGUACGAGUGCUCAACGUGCGGGAAGAGCUUCAGCAUCCGGUGUAACCUUUUGCGGCACGAGCGGGUCCACACGGGAGAGAAACCCUAUCACUGCAAAUGCUGCGGCCAGAGCUUCAGUCGGAGGCUCUUGCUUGUGAUUCACGAGAGAACCCAUGCAGGAGAGAAACAUGUAUAGAAGCUUGGAGUGCUGGGGGAGAAGUGUCACUCUUUCCCUUCCUCUUUCUCUCGCUCUCUUACAUACAGGACACCAAGUUGGCAACCCCUGAAAUAUCUCUUGCAAUACCUAGAUCAUCCACUGGGUGCCACUAUUUCCUCUCUCACUGAUAAACACAAUUUCCACCAAGGGCUUUGUUUUCCUUUGCAACUUCUGGCAAGUAUUAGCACAAUACAGUAAUAUUGUGAAAUAUGAUAUAAAUUUCCUGUAUAUAUUACAUUUAUAAAUAUGGAAAUCAACUACA